UUAACAACCUCCCAGGACCAUGCACUAUUAUGGGGAGAGGUACAAACAACUGUACCUGCCGGGCUCCAGCUACGUCACCGAAAGCCACCAGCAUUGCACAUCCCAACCUGAUGCAUGCAGCACCACAUGCCACCCGCUGAGCAUCAUCAAGAGCCCGAUGCCCAGAUGGCAGAGCUACGUGCAGCCUUUCACCUACGUGUGCUCACAGCCCAGCGUGACCCACAGCACGCUGCUGCCCUGCCAGCCCUGUGUGCAGCAGUGUGUCAUGCUGUGUCCGGAGCCCUGUGAGACCACACGUCUGCUGCCCUGCAGGAAGCCCAGCGUGCGCCUCAGCCCUGCUCGAGUUCUGCAGUCCUGUGAGAACGGCCGCUUGGAGAAGAAACACGUGGCCAAGAGCCUCCCACCCUGUGCUCCACGGUGCCCAGAGCCAGGCAAACUCAAGUUCCCACCGUGUGGGAUCAGGUAUUCAUCCUCCUGCAAGGAUGAGUGCAGGUCAAGGAAGGUCUCCAGGUGCCAGUCACAGCGGUAUGGUGCGGAGAACCGUUGCUUGCAGGGGAUGACCAGCGGCUAUUCCCUGCCACUUCGGGGGGUCACCGAGUGCCCCCCGCAGCAGUGCGUGACACAGUGCUUCCUGGAGGAGUACAUCAGCCCCUUCCCCCACCAGAAGUGCUCCAAGGGGUACCCAACGCAGGAGUGCAUCACCACCUGCACCCCACAGCAAGUGCCCAAGUGCCCCCCCGGGAGCGGGGCGAAGGUGAGCUCAUCCCAGCAGCGCUUGGCCAAGUGCUCGCCGCUGCAGGAGGGAGCCAAGCAUAAGAGCUCAUCCACUCAGCACAUCAGCAAGUCCAAGUGCCUCCACCCAUGUGCCAUCCAGCGCUCACCACGGCACCAUGCGGGGGAUGUGAAGCGUUCGAGCCACUCCAAGAAGAGCCGCUGUGCUUCCAAAUGUCUCUGGUGAAGGGGCUGAAGCUGCUGUGACAACAGCAAACCACGUAGCUGAGCCUGAGGUUGUGUUUUCCCCUGUUCCUAACCCCUGAAAGCGCUUUGCCCAGUCUUCCCCUUAUUGUAAUCAAUGCUAACCUUGUAUGGUACCUUGCCUUCCUCCUGUGGUUCCUCUGUAGUUAUUCCUGCAACAGAAUUUAUGUUAAUGAGACACUAAGUAGCUCUGAGCAGGUGCUCAGAUUUGAGCUUUAAGCUGAUACAACUCUGCUGUAGCAUUUGCACUCCAAGAGGUUGUUACUGUUACUUCAUCAGUGAUUUUAACUGGUUGUGCCCACUGUAUUAAA